AUGUUUUUAAAACCGACCAUUUUCCAACAGUCUUUGGUGAAAAGACUUAACUAUACAUUCGGUGGUAACAACAGUUUUAUGAAGAAAGACUCUUUCUCGGACAAUACGAAAAGUCAAGAUGGCGUCAACAUGGCCUACUCUUCUUACGAAACGACUAUGUCAAUACCCAAUGAACCCACGCCAUUGGUGAUAUUCCACGGCCUAUUUGGAUCUAAAAGUAAUUGGAACGCCUUUUCUAAGGUGUAUCACAACAUGGGAAAGCCUGGGAAAAGGCGGGUUUUUGCAGUUGACGCAAGAAAUCACGCAGAUAGCCCCUUCACUGAAAGCCACAGUUAUGACGACAUGGUGAUGGAUUUAAAGAAGUUUGUAAAAAAAAUGAACUUGCCCAAAGUUAGCCUAUUAGGUCACUGCAUGGGAGGCCGAGCCUGUAUGCUUUUUUCACUAAAAUAUCCAGAAUUAGUUGAUAAACUUAUAGUGUCUGAUAUUUCCCCUAUAACCACAAGUAUCAAUUUUAAGUCAAUAUGCUUGCUAUUUUCCAUAAUGAAGGUGAUCAAAUUGCCGAAAAAUAUCCCGCUAUCUCAAGCAAAAAGUGAGGUUAACCGACAACUGAUACCAGUGGUGCCAAACAAAGCUUUAAGAACGUUUAUGAUGAAUAACUUGGUACAAACAACAGAUGGCAGUUACAAAUGGAGUCUAAAUCUGCCUACCUUGAUGAACAACUACGAAAACGUUGCCGGAUUUCCGGAAAUGCACAACGCUGCUUUCGAAGGUCCGGUCCUGUUUUUGGGUGGGGGAAACUCCGACUUUAUACAGAAAAGCGAUUUGUCCAAAAUUCAAAAACUAUUUCCGAAAGCCGAGCUAAAAUAUAUGGAGGGGACUGGACAUUGGUUACAAACAGAAAAACCCAUAGAAUUUUUGAAAAUUACAGUGGAUUUUUUGAAUAAGGUAGACAAGGAUAUAAAUAAAUCGGCAGAAAAAGUUACUACAAAAGAGCAACCUAAAUUAAACAAAAAUGAAACAAAGGAAGAAACCCAAGAAACACUCAUAAAAAUAAAAUAA